GCUCGGCGGCAGCGGAGGGAGUCUAUGCGCGCUGGCUGGCGGCGGGAGGUGUGUGAGACUUGCACUGGCUAUAGACCCUCGGGCGCAAUCGCGGGGGAGCGAGGACUCAGCGACCCGGCUGCAGGGCUACCGGGCCGAGGCUUCAGCGGCGCAAACCGAUGGGACUGGCUUGUUCAGCAGCGUCGCCCCUCUCUUCUAAGUACACUGAGUGGGGCCCGUGCUGAAGUAGAAGCUGUCGAAGGGGUUGGGGGGGGGCGGUGGGCGCAGCCCGGAGUCCCAGUGUGGCCUGGAGGAACGGAACCCGCGCCUGGGCGACCAAGAGGGGAGCCCCCGGAGCGAGUACGAGUUGUGGGGAGACUCCCACUUCUUUCCAGGGGUGCCGAUCACGGGACGGUCGAGGCGUCGGGGCAGCCACCGAGUCCUCAGUGGGGAGCCCCCGACGAGGAGAGGGCGUGCAGUCCCGAACGAUCUCGGGGAGCCGAUUGGAAUCGGGCGGGAUUCCCUGGGGGCGCAGAGCCCCCGUCGCGCCCUGUGCCGCGGAGAGGCCAGACGAGCGAGCCCCCGGAGGCCGCAGCCCAUGCUCGGGUUGGGGACGGCUGCCCAGUGAGUCCGCCUGGCCGGCCGGGCGGAGAAGAGCGACGCCGAAGCCUGCGGGAGGGGAGUACUUCAAGGCCAGUGGCGGAAGAUGGGCGCCUGAGUGGCUCGGAGCGCAGCGCGGGACGGGGAGGCGAGGAGAGCUUUGCUGAGGAGGCGCCAGGGGAUCCCGAAGUGCAGCCUGCCCCCCGGGAAGAUGGCCCGGCCUGGGCAACGUUGGCUCAGCAAGUGGCUUGUGGCGAUGGUCGUGUUGGCGCUGUGCCGGCUCGCCACGCCGCUGGCCAAGAACCUGGAGCCUGUGUCCUGGAGCUCCCUCAACCCCAAAUUCCUGAGUGGGAAGGGACUGGUUAUCUACCCAAAGAUCGGAGACAAGCUGGACAUCAUCUGUCCCCGAGCGGAAGCAGGGCGGCCCUAUGAGUACUACAAGCUAUACCUAGUCCGGCCUGAGCAGGCAGCUGCCUGCAGCACUGUGCUCGACCCCUAUGUGCUGGUCACUUGCAACCGGCCAGAGCAGGAAAUCCGCUUUACCAUCAAGUUCCAGGAGUUCAGCCCCAACUACAUGGGCCUGGAGUUCAAGAAGCACCACGAUUACUACAUUACCUCUACAUCCAACGGGAGCCUGGAGGGCCUUGAGAACCGGGAGGGAGGCGUAUGCCGCACGCGCACCAUGAAGAUUGUCAUGAAGGUUGGGCAAGACCCCAAUGCUGUGACACCCGAGCAGCUGACCACCAGCCGGCCCAGCAAGGAGACAGACAACACUAUCAAGAUGGCCACGCAGAACCCUGGCAACCCUGUCUCUGACGGCAAACAUGAGACUGUGAACCAGGACGAGAAGAGUAACCCAGGUGGAAGCGGCAGCAGUGGAGACUCGGACAGCUUCUUUAACUCCAAGGUGGCACUGUUUGCAGCUGUGGGUGCAGGCUGCGUCAUCUUCCUGCUCAUCAUCAUCUUCUUGACGAUUUUGCUGCUAAAGCUACGCAAGCGGCACCGCAAACACACGCAGCAGCGGGCUCCUGCCCUCUCGCUCAGCACCCUGGCCACUCCCAAGGGGGGCAGUGGCACUGCAGGCACUGAGCCCAGCGACAUCAUCAUCCCCUUACGGACUACAGAAAACAACUACUGCCCCCACUAUGAGAAGGUGAGUGGGGACUACGGGCACCCCGUCUACAUCGUCCAGGAGAUGCCACCCCAGAGCCCAGCGAACAUCUACUACAAGGUCUGAGCGCCCGGCAGCCUCGGGCCUAAGGGACAGUCAGUCUGGACUGCACUUCUCUCUUCCCCACGCCUCUCCCUCGCCAGCUGUGCCCACCUUUGUAUUUAGUUUUGUAGUUUCUUGGCUUUUAUAAUUCCCUUUACCCUGCCCUCUGGGCUUCAGAUGGGGUGCGUGUGCCCCCACCCCCAUGCUCUUGUGCCUUCCCCCUCUGGCCAGGCUUCUGGGCUCUGUGGGGGCGCCCCUUCUUCGAGGGCAGGGUUGGAUGCUAAUGGACAGCAGGUGGGGAGAUAAACCUCCACCCCGGCCCUGUCUGUUCUCACCUCCUUUCCCCCUCCCCAGGACUACUUGUCCACUAUCAUCACUGUUUUUAAUGUUUUUGUGUUCAUUUUUUAGCUGUCAACUCAUUUUCAUCUAUUUUUUGAAGAAAAUUGGAAAAAAUGCAAAAGGCAGUCCCUCCCCAGGCCUUUGAGCCAGGCACAGUCCACUGCAAGGGGCCUGGGGCAGGAUGUGGCCGGCCAGGAAGCUUAGGAUGGCAUUUCUUUGAAAAAUUCCUCCAUGUCUGAGGGUAGGGAGGGGACAGGCUAGGCUGUUUUGGCCCAUGAGGGAAGAUGUGAGUGCCACCCUCCCGUCCUGACCCUCGUUCUGCAGAGCUGAUCUUGGCAAUGGGGUAGUGGCUGCCACCCUUCCACCAAAAAAAAAAAAAAAUCCCUUCCUUGUGGGAUUCUUGGGCAUCUCCUGCCUCCCUCACUCUCACGGUAAUUAACGUCUUAAUUGGCUGUUGCCUGGGGAACAGGAGAGCUGCUGCAGGCAGAUGACCUCAUGGGGGGUGGAGCGAGGUGAGGUGCCCAGGUGGCGAUUUGCCCUGCAGAGCUGGGAGUUCCCCUUUCCACCCCCCUGCCCCCCCAUCGCCCUGUUCUCUUCUCACCUUAGGCAUCUUUCAGCCUGGUGGGGAAAUGGAGGCCCAGGGCAGAGACCUAAGCGGGUAUAAGGCCUAGCGGCCUACUCCUUUUCUAGGCUCUAGCUCAGGUGGGUGCUUCCCCAACCCUGCUCCUGCUCACCCCCAAUUUUGGACUGGGGCCUGGAAAUAGGAAGAAUCUAUCCCCGGCUGGGCCAGCACGCCGUGCACUUUGACCCCGGCUCCUUGCCAGCGCGGCUGCUAACUGACUGGCACAUGAGUGCGCCUUGCAGGCGCUCCCACCAUGGCCAAGAAAGGAGCUGGGCCUUCCACCAUCCACCUCCACACUGCCUCCUGGCCAGCCGCCCACCCCAGUGCCAGGUGGGAGAGGGAGCCAAACAGCCAGCCCCUUCCAGGUGGCAGUCGGAAAGGUUUUUGUUUUUGUUUCUGUUGCCAUUUGUGUAAAUACUAGUCUUUUUGGAAAAAAUAAUGUAAAGAUGUUUUGUAUAAACUCUGAAUUAUUUUCUUGUUGCUUUUUUCUUAGAAAAAAAAAUGAGAACUAAAAAAAAAAAAAAUUAACCACAUGGAGAAA